AUGGCUAAUCCAGAAUAGUAAUUCUUACGCAGCGACUAUCUCUUCAAGCUUUUACUCAUUGGCGAUUCCGGUGUCGGGAAAUCUUCGAUAUUGUUAAGAUUUGCUGACAAUACAUAUGCUGAAAGCUUUAUUGCCACCAUCGGAGUUGAUUUCGUAAGUUCUAUCUAGAAAAUCAAAACAGUAGAAGUCGAAAACAAAGUCAUAAAACUCCAGAUUUGGGAUACAGCAGGACAAGAAAAAUUCAGAACAAUUACGUCUUCUUAUUAUAGAGGAGCUCACGGCAUCAUUGUGGUUUAUGAUGUCACGAACCGAGACUCUUUCAACAAUGUGAAGAACUGGAUGAACGAAAUAACAAGGUAUGCUAGUGAAAAUGUAAACCGAUUGCUUGUGGGAAAUAAAAGCGAUAUGGAAGGCAAGAAAGCUGUUACUUAUGAUGAAGGAAAAGAACUUGCUGAUUCAUUCGGAAUUCCAUUUAUCGAGACUUCAGCCAAAACUUCUGUGAAUGUCGAGCAAAGUUUCUUAAGGAUGGCCGGAGAAAUCAAAGGGAGAGUUGCAGCGACUGCAACAAAAUCAAAUCCUCAGCCAAAAGGGCAAAGACUAGCCACCGGGAAGAGCUUAACGCCUAAGAAAACAGGGUGUUGCUAG